AUGGCCAAGAACAAAUUAAAAGGGCAGAAGUUCAGGAAUGUAUUUUACAUAGCCAGGGAAAAAGCCCUCAAAGCUAAAAACAAGGCAAAACCACUAAAUCCCCAACCCCUAGUCACUACUAAUCUUAAGAAGAUAAACAUUAUGAAUGAUGAAAAAGUCAACAGAAUCAACAUAGCUUUUGUAAAUACACAGAAAGAACUUGCAAACUUUUCCAAAAGCCUUUCUCUUGAAUCUGUGCAGAAAGAGCUGAAGCCCCGUGAAAAUGAACCAGCUAAUGUUGAUGAAGGGAUAAGACUAAUGGCUCAGUUGUAA